AUGUUAAGGUCACUCUCCUGCACGCUGCUGCUUCUCAUCUCCUUCUCCAGCUCGGGGGAGAGCCGGCCUCAAGUGGCCCACGAAGGCACGCCUGAUAGAACGGACAGCCAGAGGGUCCUGCUUCUGGAGGCGGUGAAGACAGGGAUCCUCAGCUCGUUGGGUAUGGACAGGAGGCCCAGGCCAACCCAAAAGGCCUCAGAGGAAGAGCUGAGGAAAAUGUAUCAGCUGUACAGGGAAAAACAGAGAGAGAUAAGAGGAAACUCCAGCCAGACAGUGACAGAAACCUGGCAAUCCAUCAUGUCUACUGUGCUCUUUCCAGCUACAGUGGAGCCACUAGAAGUGCUUCGGAGAGUGGAACAUCUGCAGUCAGGUCAACGUAUGCAGUGGUACAGAGCUGUUUUCCACAAGAACCCCAAUAUCCAGACUGAACUGACUUCAGUUCGAGCUGAGCUGAAAAUUUCCAUGCAGGUUUUAAACAAAUCCACUUCAGUUCAGCCUGAGGUAAGACAACAGGUUAAAGUUAAAGUAAACAGGAGGAAGCCGAUGAACUCUUCUGCAUGGACACACAUUGACUCAACAGUCCAUGCAAAUAUGUCAAGCACUCAAGAUGUGAUCCUUGACAUCAGCCAUGAGGUAGAGAAGUGGAUGAGGACUGACAGCGGUCAGGCGCUGGUUGUGGAUGUAGGGAUAGUUGUGGGUGAAAAAGAUGCCCUUAUGGUAAAUCCUACUGUUUCUCUAGAAAUAGGCCUCCCACAGCCCAAACCAGCCCGGAAGACUAGGCUGCCUCGCUCCAACAAGGAAGACGAAUGUGAUGAACGAGGAUGGUGCUGCCGGAAGUCCAUCACCGUGUCCUUCAAAGACAUCGGCUGGACGGACUGGGUGGUGGCCCCAACUGAGUACACAAUGCAUUUCUGUGACGGCACCUGCCCCCACAACUACAAGCCUGCAAGCAUGCACACACAGGUGAAGUCUCGGUUGCAGCAGAUUAGCAAAGGAGGGACCCCUCCGCCCUGCUGCGUGCCGGCGGCCUACGAACCCAUGGUCCUCAUGCACUAUGACAGUAGGGGGAGGUUGAAGCUAACUCCUUUCAAUGACUUGAUUGUCAGUAAAUGUCACUGUGCCUGA